CAGGGCGCGGACGGAACAGCGGCGGACCCGAGAGCCAGUGGUGGGCGCACGGGCGCGCCGCAGCCGACGAGACCGACGCGGCCGCUGAGACAGAGUCGGGGUGCAGCAGCGGUCAGGUGUUACCGCAGGUGGCUGUACCCCGUGCCACUCCGCGCCGUCCGUCCGAACAGCACCGAGCGGCGACAUGUGGACUCGGCCGCCGCCGGAACAUGAGUAAAGCGGUGCAUUUUGUCGCCGAGGAGCCAGGGUUGGUCGUUGAGGAGGCGCCCGGUCGCCCGGAGCCCGCGGAGAGGAACGGUGCGCGAGCGUCGCCGCCGCUGAGGGUGCGAGUGCGACUCCUAGAGACUCCUGACAGGGAGGAGCGGCGCCGAGUGGUCGACCAGUGGUGGCACGACUGGCGCGAUGGCAAACUGCCGGCGGUCUACUACCGGACGAUGCCGCGGUACCCGUACCUGCAGGAAAUGAAGGAUAAGCUACUCAACUCGUCACCCAAGGCCGAGAUGGAAGACACCACUACCGAGACUGUCGAGCUGGGAGAGACGCCGGUGUCAAUCAUAAAGGUGACACCGGACCGCUGUGUGUCCAGUCCAGUGGAACGUCCUGCACCGCCACUCACCCCAUCGACGGCGUGUUUCCGGAUUCUCUCGUUAGUUUACGCCAAACUUCUGGUGGUGGUCUGCAUCGCGUUUCUUAUAUCCGAGAUCAUCACCGACAGUGUGCCACUCUAUUUCUACGAGGCGUUCUUCACCUACCUGUACGGCGUCAGCAUCCUGUUCCUGCUGUACGUUCUCGUCUACCUGCUGCACGAGAGCAGUACCAAAGUCGGGAAGCAGCAGGAGGGCUCCGGCUGCUGCGGGAAGGGAUCCUCGUGCUGUGGCCGCGCCUCGCGACGCCGCGGGCUCCGCAGUGGCUCCUACCAGGUUAACCCGAGUGGUGACCCCGGCUCUGCCAAGAAGGCCAAACCGCCCGCCGAUGUGAACCUGAACGACGGCGCCGGCGGCGGCGGCGGCGGCUCGCCCGAGCGACUCACGCGCGAAUGUCGACCGUACAAGACCAAGACGAGCGACAACGAGCACAGCCAUGGCGGAUUCUUCCUGCGGAUCGGCGCCAUUGCGUUCGGGCUCGGAACCAUGGUGUACAACGGCCUGGAGCUGGGAACCUUCUUCGAGAUCCCCGAGGACUCUGAGUGCUGGCAGAUCCUGAUGGCCGUCAACCCCUGCCUACAGGCCACAUUCACAUUCAUGCAGAUGUACUUCAUUUUCAUGAACUCUCGGCUCAACAUCCACAAGUUCAAGGUGGUGGCUCGCUGCGGCCUGAUGCACGUCGUGGCCACCAACGUGUGUGUCUGGCUGCGCACGGUGGUACGCGAGAGUCUGCGGGUCUACACGGACCACAGCCGCGCUACGGGCGGCCGACGCACCGAGGACUUCCUCAUACUCGACCCGGUCCGCCGGCUGGGCCGCAGGCUGCUCCAGUACUCCGACUACGACUCCGACUCCGACUCGGCUGACUACGGCUCGGGUGUGCUGGUCAACGACUCGGCUCUGGACGCGCUGCUGGGCGCUGGCUCUGUGGCCAGCGUCAGCCCCACCGAGGCACAGGACGGCACCACCAUGUCACCGAUUGAGCUCGUGCAGAGCGUGUGGAGCCGUCCGACGCAGCCGCCGCUGACCGACGUACUGGGCACAACCGACGGUGAUCCCGUGGCGGCCGCUGACAACUUCACCUGCGGCCGGGUCAACAUCAUGGGCGCGAUCGUGCGCGACGCCUCGCCCUACCUGUUCCCGCUGAUGAUCGAAUACUCUCUGAUCGGCGCGGCGGUGCUGUACAUCAUGUGGCAGAACAUCGGCAGGUGCCCGCGCUACCUGGAGGAGGACGACAUCCCCGACCAUGUCAGCGUCACCAGCCGAAAGGCGCACACCAAGGUGGACUGUAUCGGCGCCUCGAAGGGCCUGUUCUGCGGCCUCCUGGUGCUGGUGGCGGCCAUAAUCUGCCUGGUCCUCUACUUUGUGCUGAUCGAGAGAGAGGAGUACGAGAAGAUGGCCAUCUUCCUGGCUGACACAAGCCACGCCGGCAUCCUGUUCCUCAUGCUGCUGGCCACGCUGGUCGGAUUCAUCAGAAACCGUAAGCUGAAGUUUGCGCAGGACAAGCCGGACGAGCUGGACGCCAUCCUGCAGCGUGUCUCCGGGUUCGGCCUGUUCCUGUACUCGGUGUUCUGCGUCAUCUCGGCGGCUCUCUCACCACUGCCGCAUGUACCGAACCUGCUGGUACUGAUCACGUCGUCACUGGUCAUACUGCAGGUACUAUUCCAACUUCUCUACGUGGCCGACGUAUCCAAGAGGGCCGUCUACCUGCCGGAACACGACCUCAGCAAGCCGGGACGUCAGGUGGUCACCUUCCUGCUGCUCUGCAACAUCGCCCUCUGGGUCGUCUACACGUUCGAGAUCAGGAAGGUCGAGGCCGACCCCGUGCAGCUGAACUUUUACGGUCCGCUGCACUGGGCGGUGCUGCUGCGCGUCACCCUGCCGCUGGCCAUCUUCCACCGCUUCCACUCGGCCGUGGUGCUGGCUGAGGUGUGGAAGUCGAGCUACAAGGCGCGCGCCGACUGAGCGCCCCAGCGCUGACUCCACCAACAGCUCCACACUCCCGGUCGGGGACGGACGCGCGCCGCUCGCCGCGCUGUUGUAUGUGCUGCUGCGCCGUUCACUGUGUGCGUGUGUGUCGCCGAGUCUCUCCCCGACGAGCUGCUGCUUCACUCUGCGCGCCCCGCCCCGACUAGGGAUGUGUGUUUGUACAUGUACAACUCAUCUCAUGUUUGCUGCAGUGUAGCUGCGGUGGCGCGGCGGCCGUCCCGCCGCGGGCUGCGAUCCCUAGUCCGGUGAUCCCUCGUCCGGUCGACGGGCGGUCGCCGCCAGCGUACAAAAGGACGUCUUCUCUCUGGCCGGCCCCGGCGCCGGCUCCGGCGAACCAGUCCCGAACGGCCACCCGAUUCCGGAGACGCUUUCACUGCCAGCCGCGGACGGGCCGGCGCCGCGGGCAGUCUGCCGGGAGCCAUUAGCAAGACGCCCACUGGCCGGCCGCCUAAUGCUCUCACGCUACUCACCCAAGCUGUACAUAGGCGCGGCGCGGCACUUUGGGGUGCCCAGCGCCGCCCGCUUUCGCUUUCAGUUUUGCUACUGUACGCCGUGUUUUGUACCGUAUUUGAUAUAGGUGCAGUUUUGUACCGCGAAUGCUGGAUGUCGCCGAGCGAAUUGUGCGUGUGGGCUCAACGUCGGUCUCGUUGGCCGGUCGGACGGCCGUCUAUUCUAGCAGCAGCUGCGGCAGCACGACGUGUAAACUAGUCAUUAUCGGGUGUGUUGAGGUGGACGUGUGAACCCGGCCACCAGCUCCCGACUGAGGCUGCCGAGACGGCGGUCAAUCCAAUACUCUCCGGCGCCGGGCCGAUCAUACCGAUAUUACCCAAGACCAGUGCUCCCGCCGAGUACCCGGAAAAUCGGUCGGAGGACAUCGCGUUCCAUGAUGAACUUUCGAUGUUGACGACCGGGAGCGCGGAGUUUACGAUGCAGUUUAGUGGCAAGGCUGGAUCAUGUGGCAUUGUGGGAGACUGGGGAGGGGACGAUCCCAGCGUCUGUGGGACAGAUCUGCCGUUUGGAGGUGUGGGGGAGGCGGCCGGUGUUAUAUUCGGGCCGGUCGGAAGGGGAGGGGGCGGGGGCGACUCUCGCCGCGCUGUCAGUUCAUGGGUCCAUCGUCUGUGUGCUCACCGCCGCGCCGGCGCGCGCUAGCUAGCUUUUGCCUAUGGCCGCCGGUCGAUUCUUUGUCUUUGGUAGUAGCUGGUAGUGACGUGCUGGACGGUGGCGACGCCGCCCUGCGCCGGCGGCGACCACUUUAUUGCUGCUUUACUAGCCGUACGUUGUCGGUACUAUGGUGUCAACCCCGUGAAUGUUCCACAAUAAAACGUUAAAGUCA